AUGAUGAGCGACUCAACGGACUUACUUUUGGAAACACUAUGGGACGAGCUUCCUGAGGAGGUUGAAAGUCUACUGGGUAUUUCUGAGGGUUACAAAAGGGAAGCGCUGAAUUUUCUUACCAACUUGUUAGAUCAGGAUAGAUCAGACACUUUACUAUCUACGAAUGUGAAACCAAGCAUUGAAGGUGAACAUUCUGGACACACUCUCAUAGAGCAAAUCGCGGAGCUAGAAUCAUUGCAACGAAAUCUGGAAGCGCAAAUCAAGAAAUGUGUCCAUUCAAAUCUAGACAAAUCUUUGAGACUGAACAGGGUGUAUAAUGAUUGUGUCUCUAUGUUCAACAAUGAUUUCAACGAAUGCCGUGAAUUUCUCUCCACCAAUUUCAGCAAGUCAGAAGACGCGAUAGACACACAGCAGAAAUCCGAAGAGAGCAAUUGGAAAGAUCUACUGAAAAUUCAACAUCCACACUCGAAACAUGAACAACUACAAGAAAGUCGGCAGUCGUCGUCCAUAAUUUUGAACAAGAUGGAUAAUAUCAUGGAUAUAUUGGAGCUCCCCGCACUUGCUAAUGCUUGUGUAAAGACGGGCCAUUAUGCUGAGUGUGUAGAAAUUGCAUCACAUGUACGAAGGCUGUCGAUCAGGUACUCAGACAUUGCUAUCAUUCAAAGGGUAGAGCAUGAUGUUCAACUCGAAAUAAGAGAAAUGGUGAAUGGACUUAUACGAUUGCUAAACACUGAUCUUCGCCAAUCUUCGAUCAUAAAGAUUGUUACUUAUCUGAAACGUAUAGGUCCAUUCCAAAGAAGAUUCAAGGAGCAGGAAGAUAACAAGUUAGCUCAGGAAAGAGACACAGAUCUGGUCAGUAACGAAUUUUUACAGAAGAUCUUCCUGAAAUCUCGCUACCAGUUUAUAUUGAAUGAGCUCAAUGUACUCAUUCCAUUGAAAAAGAGCAACUCUAUUGACAACUACCUGAAGCGCUGUGUUGAAGUCAUCAGGGAGCACUGCUUUCAGACUGUUGUGACCUUUGAGUCUAUAUUUCCAAACGUUGACAGCAAGGCAGUCAAGAAUCUUCUUUACUCUUUCAUCAAAUCUUUAAUAUUACGUUUAUGUGACACAUUGAAAGAAAAUUGGAGCCAGGUUGGAGCUCCAAAUAAGGAUGGGUUGCUUUUGCAACUCAUUUACUGCUCUCAAAGUCUGGGGAGAAUUGGGGGAGAUUUUAAUGUCAUAAUUCUAGAUCAACUGAAGGACGCUAUCGACAAAGAAAACUGGUGUACUGUUUCAAGGAAACAGCGUGAGCUAAUCAAGUCUCUGAGCAAAAACAUGAACGAACUGAACGCUCACAAACCUAUAGAUGUGUAA